UUAAAUAAUUCGUUAUUCGUAAACUUUUAUUUAUCACAUAAAUUUUCAUUAAAAUGUUAACAAGGCAAUACAUAACAUAUGCAAUGACAAAACGCUUGAUUUCUUCAAGAGUUACACCCCAUCAGGAAGCUUUAAUGGCUAGGGGUUUACCAAAGCGGCAACCAUUGCCUGGAGUGGAUAACAUAGUUGUGGUAGCAUCUGGUAAAGGAGGUGUGGGGAAAUCGACAGUUGCAGUCAACUUGUCAGUGUCGCUAGCUUCGUUGGGUAAACGUGUAGGACUACUAGAUGCCGAUAUAUUUGGACCAUCGAUACCCCUUAUGAUGAAUGUGCACGAAGAACCCUUGGUAGAUGAUAAAAACCGCAUAAUACCACCAGUUAAUUAUGGCGUCAAAUGUUUAUCCAUGGGCAUGCUGACACAAGAAGGUGAUGCCAUCAUUUGGAGGGGUCCUUUAGUCAUGUCAGCUUUACAGCGACUUUUGAAAGGAGCAGUAUGGGGGCCUUUAGACGUUUUGAUAGUCGAUACGCCACCGGGAACCGGCGAUGUACAUCUAUCCUUGACACAAAAUGUUCCAAUUACAGGAGUACUUUUAGUAAGCACUCCUCAAACAGCAUCUCUAGAAGUUACACUUAGAGGUGCACAAAUGUAUAGAACUUUUGGUGUUCCCAUAUUUGGCUUGGCUGAAAACAUGGGCCAUGCCAUAUGCGGAAACUGUCAACAUAAAAUGGAAAUUUUUAAAAACACCACCCAGCGUUAUGUCAAGGAAAUGAAUACGAAAAUAUUAACUUCCAUUCCUCUGGAUGGAAACAUAACCGAAUGCUGUGAUUCAGGCAUACCAAUGGUGCUCAAAUACAAAGAUGGUGAAUACGCAAAGAGUUUUCGGGCCUUAGCCCUCGAAAUUCUUAAAGAUAUAGAUUCAUCAAAAAGAAAUACAGAUAAAAAAUUAUAAACAAAUGUAA